AAGACAGGAAGCUGGCUCAGGAACUCGGUGGUUCCUGAUGUGUAGAGUUGACAGCAGAGGCAGCACAAUCUGAUCAGAGCCUCCACCGGGGCAACCACGAGCAACUGCCCGGCUCCCAGACAGGCACCGCGUCCCUCUCUUGGCCGGCUAAUGGAGCCCAACAGGUCCCUCUCCUUGGGCAUACUUCUGCUUCUUUCUCUGGCUUUUGGAUUGAGCUACGGAACAGGUGGAGGUCUGAUGAACUGCCGAGUGAUUAUCCAGCAGUUGGGAAAUGACACCACAUGGCUGCCCCUGACGAAAGAGAGCUUUAACAAAAGCAUCCGCAUCCUUGUCACGAAGGCAACCACAAUGUCUCUAGAAAGCAAAAUCACUAAGAAAAUAGUAUCUUUUAAUAUCGAUAAAGAGGACUCUCUAGAGCACCUGGAGAAUGGCUACCAGUUUCAACGGGAAAACCUGAGCCUGGGGAUCCUGGGAAACAGGAGGGAGAGUGAAGGAUGGUACAUCGUGAGUUUGGAGGAAAAUGUGCAAGUUCAGCAAUUCUGCAUACAGCUGAAGCUCUAUGAGCAGGUCUCCACUCCAGAGAUUAAAGUGUUAAACAAGACCCAGGAGAACGAGAAUGGGACCUGCAGUUUGACGGUAGUCUGCACGGUGAAGAAAGGCGAUCAUGUGACUUACAGUUGGAGUAAUGAGGCGGGCAAACAUCUGCUGAGCCUGGCCAACCACUCCCACCUCCUGAACAUCAGUCUUAGCAGCCAGGAUCAUGACAGCAUCUACAACUGCACGGCAAGCAACCCUGUCAGCAGUCGCUCUCAGAGCUUUGACCUAUCACAGGAGUGCAGGCGAGAAUCCUCAGACGCAAGCUCAUGGAUAGCAACACACACUGUUGCAUCGUUAGGGUUCAUUCUACUCCUCAUCAUUCCAGUCUCCAUAGUAGCCACACUGCGGAAAAAACAAGGUAAAAGAAGCCGCUGCCAGCCGCCAGUGGAAGAAAAAGGCCUUACUAUUUAUGCACAAGUGCAGAAAUCAGGGACUCCAGAAAAGAAAUUCGAUGAUUCUCUGAUGGGUCAGAGUCCCUGCACCACCAUUUAUGUGGCUGCCACAGAGCCUGUCCCAGAGCCUGUUCAGGAAUCAAACCCCACCACAGUUUAUGCCAGUGUGACGUUACCAGAGAGCUGA